GGUGGCAACACUGCGAAAGCAGCCAUUUAUACAGUAGUAAUUGUCCCGUCCCGUUGAACGUGUGGUUUUAUACAUUUUCACAUUAAGAAAAUAAUUUGGUUUUAAUAAAAGCUUAGCGUUUCUCGUAACGUUAGCUAAAAACGAAAUCAAUUUUUAGUGUGAAUCAGACGUCAACAACAGCAACAACAACAACAACAACAAAAAAAAAAUAAUAAUCAAGUAUCAUCGAGAAAAGAGACAGAAGAAGUGUUUAACCAUUGAAAACAAGAUUCUUACCAAAAGCCGUAAAAGUUCAUUUAGUGACAAUGACGAUGGCGGCAAAAUUGAUGCAUUAUUAGUCGGGAUUGGGAUUGAGAUUGGUAAUGGGAAUGUUGUUGAACCAGCAUCAUCAUCUUCAACAAGUGCAGCUAAACAUCAAUUGGAAAAAUUGAACACGAUGCGCGAAGCGCUUUUCUCUCAGGAUGGCUGGGGAUGCCAACAUGUUAACCAGGACACCAAUUGGGAGGUGCCCAGCUCACCGGAGCCGGCUAAUAAGGAUCAAACGGGUCCGCCAAUGUGGAAACCCAAUGUCAAUAAUGGCACCGACCUCUGGGAAUCGAAUUUACGAAACGGUGGCCAACCACCUGCCCAACAAGUGCCAAAGCCGUCUUGGGGUCAUACACCAUCCUCAAAUCUAGGUGGCACCUGGGGAGAGGACGAUGAUGGUGCUGACAGCACCAGUGUGUGGACGGGUCAAUCGGGCAACUCCGGAGCCGGAGCAGCCGGUUCAUCCGGUGUCGGUGUCGGUGUUAAUCCCACCAACGUUGGAGCCGGCGGAGGCGUUACCUCCACGGGAGGUCCUCAAUGGGGACAAGGCGUUGUUGGAGUUGGAGUCGGAGUCGGUGUCGGAGGAGUUGGAUUGGGAUCGACUGGUAAUAACAGCAACGCUGCAGCUGGAACCUUACCUGUUGUCGCUCCGGGAUCUUUAGGUGGAAGUGGUGGAAACAACAUGGCUGCACCGGGAAGUGUUGGAGGAGCCGGCAGUGUUGGGAAUACUGGCAAUGGAUGGGGAGAUCCUCGAGAGAUCCGUCCGUUGGCGGGCGGUGGAGUCGGAGGCGGUGGUCAAAUGGACAUACGCAAUGUGGAUCCGCGUGAUUCGAUCGCAAUGCGUGGUGUUGGUGCGCCAGGAUCAGGAGAUCCACGUGAAUUGCGCAUGAUAGAUCCACGGGAUCCAAUUCGUGGCGAUCCACGCGGCAUAUCGGGUCGACUGAACGGCACAUCCGAAAUGUGGGGACAUCAUCCACCCAUUGCCCACAAUCAGAUUCAAAAUAUUAACAAAAUGGUUGGACCUGGUGUUGUUGGUGCCGCUGGCACAAAUGUGACAAGCUCAAACAUUGGACCAGGCGGAGUCGGAGUCGGAGUUACUGGUAAUAUUGGCAAUCAGUGGGGAGCACCACAAGCGGUCGGUGUGGUCGGCGGUGGUCCCAAGGAUCUAUCGAAGCAAAUAACUGGAUGGGAGGAACCAUCACCACCACCACAACGACGUAACAUACCCAAUUAUGAUGAUGGCACCUCACUUUGGGGUCAACAGGCGCGCGUUCCAGGGGGAGGCGGUGGCGGAGGAGUCGGUGGCAAUGCUCACUGGAAGGACAUGACAGAUUCAAUGAGUCGCAGCCAUUUAAUGCGGGCACAGAAUCCAAGUGGCGGCGGUAAUGUUCCAGUUGGUGGUGCUGGCAAUCCCAAUAAUCAAAUGUCUGGCGUCGUUGGUGGUCCCCAGACUCGUCUAACCAAUUCCUUGGGUCCCAGUGGCGUUGUUGGUGGUCAACAUGGUAAACCCGAUGCGGCUGCCAUGUGGGUGCAUCCAAAUAACAACAGAAAUACGGCUGUCGGCUCUUGGGGAGAUGAUGGUCACAAUGUUGCUGGUGUAUCCGUGUCCGGCAACAAUUGGGUUGAUGAUAAAUCAAAUACUGGACUUGGACAGAUUGGCGCCAACUCAAACUCAUGGAACGAUUCACCAUCUGGUGGAGCCGGUGGCUGGGGUAAACCAAAUAAACUGUCAUCAGCAAAUCCAUCUGGUUCCGGUUGGAGCAAUGCUAAUUCCACUGGUGGUAAUGUGGAUGCCGGUGAUCUAUCAUCGGACUGGCCUCAUGGCGGUGGCAUCAUCUCAGCCAAAUCACAGCAGCAACAGCAGCAGCAACAACAACAGCAACAACAACAACAACAACAAAAACUAGCCGGCAUCAAUGUGGGCGUCCUUAAUACGGAUAUGGUUAAGCAAAGCAAACAAUAUCGCAUUCUCGUUGAGAACGGAUUCAAAAAGGAUGACGUGGAAAGGGCAUUACUGAGUGCCAACAUGAAUAUCGAGGAGGCUGCCGAAAUGCUGCGAGCCAAUGCCAAUUCAUCCUUGGCCAUGGACGGCUGGCGUCGUCACGAAGAAGUCCUUGGUUCCUACGCUGAUCAUUCGAACUCCACAAACAGUGGAUUCCCACAACGCUAUCCGGUUGGCAACGCACAACCUUCAAUGUCAUUCCCUCCGAAUAACGUAAUGACCAAUAUGAGCGGCACGGCCGUCACUGGCAGCAAUAAUCCGAAUAUGGCAGCAUUGCAAGUUCAAAAAUAUUUGGGUCAAGGAGGACCUCACAACGUUGCAGUCGGAGGCGGAGUAGGAGUAGGAGGAGUCGGUGUCGGUGUCGGAGUAGGAGUAGGAGGAGGAGGACCACAGUCGGUGAAUGCGAAUGCAUCAGUUGCAUUCUCACAAAAUGCAUUGAAUGCUGCGCCAGCGGUUAAUAUCGCAUCCAAUGUCAAUAAUCAACCAUCUGGUCAGCAUAUUCGAAUGCUCGGACAGCAAAUUCAAUUGGCAAUACAUAGUGGUUUUAUAUCCAGUCAGAUAUUGACACAGCCUUUAACGCAAACAACUUUAAAUCUAUUGAAUCAACUACUUAGCAAUAUAAAGCAUCUUCAAGCAGCCCAGCAAUCUCAUUCUCGUGGCAGCAAUGCUAAUCCAAUGGCUGUUAAUGUUGCUAUUGCGAAAUAUAAACAACAAAUUCAGACUUUACAAAACCAAAUAAAUGCACAACAGGCUGUCUAUUUAAAGCAACAGAAUUUACAACAAAAUUCGCAACAACAACAGCAACAACAACAGCAGCAGCAACAACAACAACAACACUCAACUGGACAUUUAAAUAACUCGGGAAAUGACUAUAUGAGAAAUCACGAUGCAAUAGCUACACUCCAAGGCAAUUUUUCAGAGCUCAAUCUUAAUAAGCAAAGUGGAUAUCAGGGUGCGCCCAAUCAGCAAUCCCGCCUAAAUCAAUGGAAGCUUCCAGUAUUAGAAAAGGACAGCAUGACUACAGAUAGCACGGACUUUUCGCGUGCUCCAGGUGCAACAAAGCAAAAUUUAUCAAGCAACUCAAACAACAUGGGUCCCUUGGGUUUACAAAACGAUGGAACUUGGUCCACUGGACGUAGUAUUGGUGACGGUUGGCCCGAUACAUCAAACGAUAAUGAGAACAAAGACUGGUCAGUUGCUUCAACAGCAGCUGCUUAUACCGAUUUGGUGCAGGAGUUUGAGCCAGGAAAGCCAUGGAAGGGUUCUCAGAUCAAAAGUAUUGAAGAUGAUCCCAGCAUAACACCUGGCAGCGUUGCUAGAUCUCCAUUGUCCAUUAAUCCGACGCCAAAAGAUGCUGAUAUUUUUGCCAAUACCGGCAAGAGCUCUCCGACUGAUUUGCCGCCACUAAGUUUAUCGUCGUCAACGUGGAGUUUUAAUCCAAACCAAAAUUUCCCUAGUUGGUCAGACAACACUCAACAAUGUGCCACCUCAGAACUCUGGACCAGUCCUCUAAAUAAAAGCUCAUCUCGAGGACCGCCACCCGGUUUAAGCAGUAACAAAUCUGGCGGUGUCACAGCCACAACACCAUCAUCCUCUGUUGCUGGUGGCAGCUCCAAUGGCUGGCUACCUAAUCGAGGUGUUCCCAACACAAGCACAACUUGGAGUGGAGCUAACGCUUCUUGGAGCUCCAGCUGGUUACUUCUAAAGAAUCUUAAUGCUCAGAUUGAUGGACCUACACUACGUACCUUGUGUAUGCAGCAUGGACCCCUUGUUAGUUUUCAUCAAUAUUUAAACCAAGGAAUUGCCUUAUGUAAAUACACAACGCGGGAGGAGGCUAACAAAGCACAAAUGGCUUUAAAUAACUGUGUACUCGGCAAUACGACUAUAUUUGCUGAAUCGCCCAGCGAGAAUGAGGUGCAGAAUAUAUUGCAGCAUUUGCCACAGCAGCAGCAGCAGGCUCCGUCCUCAGUGAACUCUGCAAUUUCAUCCAAUGGCAGUGCAGGAGGCGGAGGUGGAGCAGGAGGUGCUGGUGGCGGCGGCAACGGCAGCGGCAACAACAGCAACAGCACCAACAUCAGCAAUGCAACGAGCAAUGCAACAAGUAGCAGCAAUGCCAAUGGCAAUGCCAACAACAUUGCCAACAGUAAUGGAUCCAAUAAUGCUGGUGGAGGAGGAGGAGGAGGAGCUAGCGGAGGAGCCAUUUCAACAGCCGUUUCAGUUGGCAACAAUGCAGCAGUUGGCGGCGGCGGCGGCGGCGGCAGCAGCAGCAGCAGUAGCAGCAAUAAUAGCAAUGUUAAUGGUGCUGUUACAAGCGUGAACAGCGGCGUUCAUAAUGCGGUCAAGAAUGCAUCUGUUGGCAGUAACAUAACAAUGACAGGUGGUCCAGGUGGUGGACAGGCCAAUGUAUCUAAUGUUUCUACUGUUGCCGCUGGCAACAAUUCAACUUGGCGACAGACUCAAACUCAAAAUCAAGCUCUACAGGGCCAAAAUAGACCAGCCGGUAGAGAAGCUGACUACGAUUAUAUAUCUCAAUUUGUUUGUUCCAUUGUUGAUGAUUAGUGUGAAGAUCUUAAUGAUAAGAACGAUUAUGAUGAUGAUGAUAAUGGGAUAUGUGACACACACACACAUUCACAUACUCACCAACCACCAGAAACUAGAUUCAAAUGAUUGAUUCAGUAUGGAGCGCAUGAAACCAUGUUAUGAUCAAGUAUAUAAAGUGGAUCGACUGAUUAACGAAUGGACUUAGAAUUUUGUAUGCCUGUAGAUUUAUUUUUCCUUUUAACGUUCAUAGAAUUUAGGGCCUGUAUAUGUAAGAAAAAGCAAAAGCGAUAUACACCGGAAAUAAUUUCAUACUUAACAUACAUACCUUACCAAUUUAUAAACUACGUAUCCAUAGCAUACAAAAACAAACAAACAACACCAGCAACAAUAAGAGGUUCGGUCUACAAUUUAAUAAUUUCCCUCAUUAUUCUUACACUUGACAAAAAUAUCAGCAUAUACUUGGAAUAUGUACGAAUUACAAAUUACGUCUGAACAGACGUGUCGCACACACACACACAAUCAGUUAACAACCUUUAAUUUUUGAUUACGCUACUUUUUUUGUAUUUCCAAUAACGGAUAUGAAAACAACAAAAAUUUACCUGUGUUAUAUACAUAAUAGGAAGUUAUAAUCAAUUACGGUUUUGCUUUCACUAAAGCAUUCCCACCGAAAACAAUUCGGUUAAACAUAACAAUACAUAAUUAGCUCACAAUAAAAAUACCAAUGAAGUUAAUUAGAAAAUCAAUCGCCUUUAAAUAUAUACAUAUGUACUAUUUGGAAACCUAUAGUGGUAAAAGAUAUAAUGGGGAAAAGAAUGAUAAGGUUACAACUUCGAUGUGUCGCAUUCUCUUCAUAACGCAGGUAUUCUGUUAAUUGUAAAAAAAACUAAUGUUUAAAUAAAACAUAAUGAGCAACUCAUUAACUGAAUGAAUAUAAACACGAAUAUUAUAUUAAAAUAAAACCAACAACAAUAUGAUCCAAGAAAGAGAACAACAAAAUUAAAACCGUACAUAUUAAACCGAGCUGCAUAUACAAACGAGUAUAUCAAGGCGUCAAACUGAUCCUUAACGGAAUCCUGCAGAGUUCUUUCGGCUCUGGGUUUUUAGGGUGCCUUGAAACGCAACAUGGACCGAACCUUUUAAGCCUGAACCCGGUUUGUAUUCGCUCGUAUACUUUAGCACAACGGUUCGGCUCACAACUAAUAACAAAUGUUUGGCAACUUUUCAUUGUAUUUCAAUUAAAAUGAAUUCUUAAUUGUUAAACACAAAAAUCGUAAAAAAAAAUGUAAAUUAAAAAAAAAAAUACAAAAUCCAGCUACAGAUACAACGUUUGUUACUAUUACAGUAAAUCAAGAUUCCAAUCGGUCCGAAAAUCGAAAUAAUUGUUCCUCUUCAGGUUCGCAGUGACAAUUGAUUUGAAUGUGGCCAAGAAAAGCUAA